GGAGGUGUUAUCAUCCUAGCAGUAGCAGAUUUUAUUCUCCUGCUCCUUGUACUGCCUGGUCUUGCUGAUGAUGACAUCAGUGAAGUCUAAUGAUGGAAAUAUCAAAAAUAACAAAAGGAUCAGAUGGAAAGCCAUGGAGGUUACAGGUAAUCCAGUACCGCAGAGGAGGCUCUCAACUGGAGAAGUGGCCGCUAGCUACCCGCCAGGAGGCAUACCUAGCACACCAAUGGAGUUCAGGCAAGGUCCACAUCCAAAGAAGGAUCAUCUAAUAUGGAAGUCACCUCCUACCAGACAACUCAGCCAACAAAAGAGAAGAGAAUUCGAGUUGGAUGUCACUGAAAGGUUUUACGAUGACUACAUUGGGCCCAGAACAACUGGGGAUUCGCGGAAUGAAGUGCUAACAGGAGUACAGAAAUUAGGAUUCAAUCCCGAGUUAUACAGAAUGAAUGCCCUGCAGGGAUUGGCACACGACCCAUCACGCCCAGUUCCAAAGCAUAUAAACUUUCACGAUAUGAUAAGAACAGAGAGGGCUAGAGAGCAGGAGAGAGUUAGGACUCAAAUGAAACAGAGAAGGCUAUCGGACACUAUGCUACAUCAAAGACCUUAUUUUGAUCCACCUGGCCAAUAUGGAGGACAGAGUUUUGAUCCUUAUAAUCAGCUACUUAAGCCACCAGCUGCAUCAAACAGCUAUGCACAGCCACAGAGACAGUUGCCUCAUCAAUUACCCCCAAUGCAAACAACUUUUGGUGAUGGUCUUAAUUCUGAAAUAGUUCCCGGAGUAGAAAAAUGGCUCGCAAAUGCCAGCCAGAAAGAACGUGACACUGCAGCAAAGUUCAUGCGUACAAUCAGUUCACAGGGUCAAAGAGAUGAUCCUGCAACCAAAGCCUCAACUCACUCAUCAAGAGUGAGAUCAGCUGUAAUGACACCAAGCAGACAACAAAGAAUGCAAGAAAAGGAAACAGCUCAACUGUACAAACAACUAGAGAGGUCAUCUAAGGAGUUGCCCCAGCCAGCUUAUUCAAGAAAGCCACCAGAUGGGAAAGGAGGAGGAGGAGGAGGAGGGAGGAGAUUAAGACGCUCAAGCUCUGAUGUCUCAAAUGCAAAAGGUUCAAUGUUCACUCCAACAAGACAUAUGCCAUCGCAUUUUACUGUUCAUCCUGAGUGGGCCUCUGAAGGACAACAUUAAUCUAAUAAUGACAACAUAAUUAUUCCCUUUAUAUUGUGUAGCAAUCUGUUACUGUAUCAUCGUUUGUGUCAAGUAGAUAUUUGCACUGGCAUUGUGCAAUAAAUGCUUAGAAUUG